AUGGCUAUUAUUGAAACAAAAGUUAAGGCUAGCAAAAUCCCAAAUAUAACAAAGAAGAUUCAAGGUAACUGGGAGUGGUUUUCAAAUGCAGAUAACUCUAGCAAAGCCAGAAUUAUGAUCCUAUGGGAUCCUAAUAUUUUGGAAGUUUAUAUUGACAAGUUUUCUGCUCAGCAUAUUACCUGUUCUGUUAAAUCCUUAGAUGGUAGAGUUGAAUGUUUAGUUUCUUCUAUAUAUGGUCAUAAUCAUCAAGCAACUAGGAAAGCUCUUUGGCAAGACCUUCUUCAAAUACAACAAACAGUUGUAAACAAGCCAUGGAUUCUAUCUGGUGAUUUCAAUGCCAUAACUGGGCAAGAAGAUAAAAUAGGAGGUGCUGCAGUUACUGAAGCUGAAACUACUGAUUUCAGAGAAUUUAUUGACAAGUGUCAUCUAUCACAUUUGAAGACUGAAGGCUGCCAUUACACUUGGAAUAACAAACAAGAUUCUAAUUUCAGGGUUUGGAGUAGAUUGGAUAGAGCUUUGGUAAAUGAUUCUUGGAUCAAUUUGCACAAUUCUAGUCAUGUUGAGUACCUUCUUCCUAGUUGUUCUGACCACUCCCCAGCUUUGGUUUCAAUCUAUGAUGAUCAUGUGCAAGGAAAGAAGCCAUUUAAAUUUUACAAGAUGUGGAUUAAACAUGACAGUUACCUGCCUAUUAUUUCUACUGUUUGGCAAAGCACAAUUGCAGGUUGUUCUAUGUUUUCUGUUACAAGUAAGUUGAAGCUAUUGAAGACUGCACUGAAGGAUUUAAACAAAAGAAGUUUUCACAAUAUCAGUGAACAGAAAUCUAGGAUUCAGUGGAGUGUGCAAGGAGAUAGAUGUACAAGCUUCUAUCACUCUGCAAUUAAAGCUAAAAGACAUCUAAAUAGAGUUAUGGUGCUCUACAAUGAUGCUGGGUGCAGAUUAACUGAUGGUGAUGAGAUUACUCAAGAACUUAUAUCUUUCUACAAAAAACUCAUGGGCACAACUAUAAAAACAGCUAGUCCUGUUAGGGAUAUUAUCACAAAUGGUCCAUGCUUGGAUCAAGCUCAAGCUAGGAAUCUGUCUUCUCCAGUGACCAAAGAGGAAAUUAAAAAUGCAGUCUUCUCCAUGGGUGAUGAUAAAGCGCCUGGACCUGAUGGCUUUAGCAUGGCAUUUUACAAAUCAGCUUGGCACAUUAUUGGGGAUGAGGUAACGAAGGCUAUUACAGAAUUCUUUAAUACUGGCAAGCUUUUGGGUAUGAUAAAUGCUACAUCUAUUACCUUGAUUCCAAAAAUAAAGUGCCCAAAGUUUUCAGCUGACUUCAGACCAAUAGCCUGCUGUAACUGCCUCUAUAAGAUUAUCUCAAAAAUUCUAGCUAAUAUGAUCAAACCUGUUAUGGGAUUCUUGAUCAAUGAGGCUCAAAGUGCUUUUGUGAGAGGAAGGCAAAUUUCAACCAACAUCUUACUAGCCCAUGAGAUUGUGAAAAAUUACAAUAGGAAGCAUAUUUCACCCAGGAUUAUGUUGAGUAUUGAUAUCAAGAAAGCCUUUGACACUAUCAACUGGAAUUUUCUAAAGGAUAUGCUCUUAGGUCUUGGCUUUCCUGACAAAACAGUAAACUGGAUUAUGGCCUGUAUUACAUCCCCUAAGUACUCUAUUUCUUUAAAUGGUACCCUACAUGGCUACUUCAAGGGAGAGAGGGGUUUAAGACAAGGUGAUCCUAUAUCACCUUAUCUAUUCAAUCUGGGUAUGGAGUAUCUCUCAAGGCAGUUAAAUUUGCUUAAGAAUAACAAGGAUUUUAAAUUCCAUCCUAGAUGUGGUGAUCUAAAAAUCACUCAUCUAAUUUUUGCGGAUGAUCUUCUUCUUUUCUCUAAAGGUGAUCUUCAUUCAGUCAAUAUACUCUACAAGUGCUUCAAACAUUUCAGUGAUGUCUCAGACCUUGAGGCAAAUCCUGGUAAAUGCAAAGUUUUCUAUGGUGGAAUUGAUGAUAAUCUAAAGGGACAUGUAUCAAAUCUCUUGAAUUUCCCUGAAGGUACCCUGCCCAUCACUUAUCUGGGUGUCCCAUUGAUUGGUAAACGUCUAUCAUAUAUGGAUUGUUCAAACCUUUUCAACAAGAUAACAGGUCAGUUCCAGGCUUGCUUGAAAAACAGGUUCCUAUCUUAUGCGGGCAGAUUACAAAUAAUUAAAAGUGUUGUACUUGGUAUACAAAACUUUUGGACUUCAAACUAUGUUCUGCCUAUGAGAGUACUUCACAAAAUAGAUGAAUUAUGUAGGAAUUUUCUUUGGGGAAAUUCUGAACAUGUUCAUAAAACUCCUCUCAUUUCAUGGGAUAAAGCUUGCAUGCAUAAGAAAAUUGGAGGCCUAGGCAUAUACUCUGCUUCUACAUGGAGUACAGCUUCUGCACUGAGGCUAAUCUGGAAUAUACAUGUUAACAAGGAAAAUCUGUGGAUCAAGUGGAUUCAUGGCACGUAUCUGAAAAAUUGUGAUGUCUGGCAUGUUCAGGCUAAAAAAACUGAUUCGUGGAUGUGGAGACAGAUCUUAAAGAUCAGAGACAAGGCUCAGGGGCUUUUUGGAGGGAUUGAUAAUCUGAUUCAGACCAUCUGUUAUUGCUACAAAAAUGCAAAAGUUAAACUUUCUGACUUAUAUGCUGCACUCUCCCCUACAUCUAAUUUGGUGCCUUGGUUUGGCACAAUAUGGGAGUCUUCAAACUACCCCAGACAUGCUUUUAUUAGCUGGUUAGCAAUCCAAAACCGUUUGCUUACUCAGGACAGACUGAUCAGGAGGGGGGUUGUUAGCAUAAACAGCUGUGUUUUAUGCUCUGGUCUGGAAUGCAGAGACCAUCUUUUUUUCGAAUGUUCCUAUUCUAGUGAUAUCUGGGCCAAUGUUAUGAAUUGGUUACAGUUCAGGUGGAGAUCGAGCAAUUGGAAUCAAGUGUUGAAUUGGUUCUGUCACAGGUUGAGGGGAAGAGGGUUUAAACAAAAGCUAAAGAAAUUGGCUUUUACCUCUACAAUUUAUAAAAUUUGGAAUGAGAGGAACGGCAGAACUUUCAGACAGGAAUUGAAGCCAGCUGAUCAAGUGUUUAAGGAGAUAAAAUUUAGCAUCUUAGCUAUUGUUCUCAAUGGUCCAUUUACUGCUGAAGACAGAGAAUGGAUUUGUUCUCUGUAG